CUCUACGACCGGCUGGGCAUCCACCACACCGCCACACACGAAGACGUCAAGCAAUCAUACAGGAAAGCCGCCCUGAAAUGGCACCCCGACAAAAACACCGAUUCGCAGGCCGAAGACAGGUUCAAGGAGUGCUCAGAAGCCUACGAGGUCCUCGCCGAUCCAUCACGGCGCCAGGCAUAUGACCGGCACGGGCUCAGCGCUGCCACCUCGUCAAAUCCCAAU